UAAUAUUCCAUCCGUGACCGCCUCUUCUUCAUCAUCCUAUAAAUUCACCUUCUUAUCUCUUCCGCUUUCAUUCGUUCAUCAUCAUCACAAUUAACAACAAUCCAAAGCAAUCUUCUCUCAUAUUCUUAUCUCUUCCUGUUUCGCUUCGUCUCUUUCAAGAUGCAAAUUUUUGUGAAAACUUUAACCGGAAAGACCAUCACCCUUGAGGUAGAGAGUUCCGAUACAAUCGACAACGUUAAGGCCAAGAUCCAAGACAAGGAGGGGAUCCCUCCAGACCAGCAAAGAUUGAUCUUCGCCGGAAAGCAGCUUGAAGACGGCCGUACCUUAGCCGACUACAACAUCCAAAAGGAGUCAACCCUUCAUCUCGUGCUCAGGCUCAGAGGUGGAAUGCAGAUUUUCGUGAAAACUCUUACCGGCAAGACCAUCACUCUUGAAGUUGAGAGUUCUGAUACAAUUGACAAUGUCAAGGCCAAGAUUCAGGACAAAGAAGGCAUCCCACCAGACCAGCAGAGGCUUAUCUUUGCCGGUAAACAGCUUGAAGACGGCCGUACUUUGGCAGACUACAACAUCCAGAAGGAGUCCACGCUCCAUCUUGUGCUCAGGCUUAGAGGAGGGAUGCAAAUCUUCGUCAAGACUCUCACCGGGAAGACGAUCACAUUGGAAGUUGAAAGUUCCGAUACCAUCGACAAUGUUAAAGCCAAGAUCCAAGACAAAGAGGGGAUCCCACCAGACCAACAGAGGCUGAUCUUUGCUGGUAAGCAGCUUGAGGACGGUCGUACUUUGGCAGAUUACAACAUCCAGAAAGAAUCCACCCUUCAUUUGGUGCUCCGCCUCAGAGGUGGUAUGCAGAUUUUCGUCAAGACUCUGACCGGGAAGACCAUCACGUUGGAAGUCGAAAGCUCUGAUACCAUCGACAAUGUUAAGGCCAAGAUCCAGGACAAAGAGGGGAUCCCACCAGACCAACAGAGGCUGAUCUUUGCUGGUAAGCAGCUUGAGGAUGGACGCACCCUUGCCGAUUACAAUAUCCAGAAGGAAUCCACCCUCCAUUUGGUGCUUCGUCUUCGCGGUGGUAUGCAGAUUUUCGUCAAGACUCUCACUGGGAAGACCAUCACUUUGGAAGUUGAAAGCUCCGACACCAUUGACAAUGUGAAGGCAAAGAUUCAAGAUAAAGAAGGGAUCCCGCCAGACCAGCAGAGGCUUAUCUUUGCAGGGAAGCAACUUGAAGACGGCCGAACCUUAGCCGACUACAACAUUCAGAAGGAGUCCACUCUUCAUUUGGUGCUUCGUCUUCGAGGUGGUAUGCAGAUUUUCGUGAAGACUCUGACUGGGAAGACUAUAACGCUUGAGGUGGAGAGCUCGGAUACAAUUGACAACGUGAAGGCGAAGAUUCAGGACAAGGAAGGCAUCCCACCGGACCAGCAGAGGUUGAUCUUUGCAGGGAAGCAGCUGGAGGAUGGACGCACUCUUGCAGACUACAACAUUCAAAAGGAGUCCACCCUCCACCUUGUCCUUCGUCUCCGUGGGGGUAAUUGAAGGAUUUAAGCUUGUCUUAUGUUUGAACUCUUGUGAAAGGUUUCUGUGACGCUACUUUUUAAGUGUUGGUGCAAAUUUAAAUAAAAUCAUGGUUCUAUAAAUACGAUGUUUGUAUGUAAGUUUGAACACCCAAGUUCAUUCAGGUUUCAACAGAUGUGCUUAUUUAAGUACACAUUGGCCACGUCA